UUCAGGAGCUCGAGAGAUAUGAGCAGUUAAAUAAAUUCUUCUCAUCAUCAUUAAACGCAAGGAUACUUUAUAUCAAUAUGAAGAACAGAUUUACAAUAAAUGUGUUGUUUGUAGUAUUUCAUCAUCUAUUUCAUUUGUGCGAUGGAGUGAAGUCAGUGUCAGUGAUGGAGGGAGAAUCUGUAACUUUACACAGUGAUGUUACUGACAUACAGAGCUAUUAUCUGACAUUGUGGAGGUUUGGAGACGAUGGCUUUACCAUAGCUCGAAUCAACAGAGAUAAGAUCAUAUAUAGUGAUAUUCCAGCAUUCAGAGACAGAAUGGUGUUGGAUGAUCAGACUGGAUCUCUCACCAUCACAAACAGCAGAAUCAAACACUCUGGACUUUAUAAGAUGGAGAUCAGCAACAGCACCGGGACAUCAGUUAAGAAAUUCCGUCUUACAGUCUAUGAUUCUCCGUUUUUGAUCGAAGCUGAAAAAGGUGAAUUAAAGACGGUGUCGGUAACAGAGGGAGAUCCUGCCUAUCUGAUGAUGGAAGAUGUUGACACACAGAGAUAUGAUCUGAUAGUGUGGAGGUUUGGAGAUGACGGCAUUCUUAUACUGAAGGGUGACAGAGAAGACAAUAAGACCACAUUUACUCAUGAUGAGAUAUAUGAAGACAGACUGGAGCUGAACUAUCAGACCGGAUCUCUCACCAUCACAGACGCCAGAAUCACAGACACUGGACUUUAUAAAGUAAAGAUCAGCGGUGACAGAAGAGCCGAAUACUUGAGAUUCAUUCUGACUGUCAGUGCAUCAGGUAUAUCUUCAGGUGGUGUAGCAGGUAUAGUUAUUGCUGUUCUGCUGGCCAUGUCUGGAGCUGUCGGUGUGUUUGUGUUUUUCAUUCGCCGCAGAACCUCUGAAAUAAAAAAGCAAAAUGAUGUCUUUGUUGAUAAGUCAGUGUCAAUGAAGCCGGGAGAUUCUGUCAUUCUACACACUGGUGUUAAAGAUAUACAGAAAGAUGAUGAGAUAACGUGGAUGUUUGAAGACACAUCAAUAGCUAAAAUGAAGGGAGAUCAAACAAUUGAAAAUAUCGAUGAGAGAUUCAAAGACAAACUGAAGCUGGACCCUCAGACUGGAUCUCUCAUCAUCAAAGACACCAAAGCUGAACACACUGGACUAUACAAAGUAAAGAUGAGACUUCAAGAUGUGCCAUCAGCCCAGAUUAUCAAUGUUUCUGCCAGUGAUAAACUGUCUGUGAAUGAAGGAGAUCCUUUCACUUUAAGCUCUGGUCAGACUGAACUAGGAGACAAUGUCAUGACAUGGAGGUUUAAAGACAAACAUAUAGCUACAGUCAGUAAACAUCAGGCACCUGUUUAUGAUGAAGAGAGAUUCAAAGACAGAGUUCAUGUGGAUCCUAAAACUGGAUCUCUGACCGUCAGAAACAGCAAAGCUAAAGACUCUGGACUUUAUCAACUACAGAUCAGCACAGAGAAAUCAGAAAGAAAAUUCACUGUUACUGUCCGUGAGAACAUUAAGAAGGUGUCAGUGAUGGAGGGAGAAUCAUUCACUCUCAACACUGGAGAUGCUUUCAUACAGAGGCCUGAUAUGAUCAAGUGGAUGUUUAAACACAAGUCUAUAGCUGAACUUAUUGGAAAAAGACAUUCUGCUGCUGCUGUUGAUAAAGAUGAAAGAUUCACAGACAGACUGGAGCUGGACCAUCAGACUGGAUCUCUCACCGUCACAAACACCAGAACCACAGACUCUGGACUUUACACACUGAAGAUCAACUCUGAGGAUUCAGAAUGGAAAUUCAGUGUCACUGUCAGAGGCCGGCUUCCAUGGAACAAACGUCCAGAGCAGAAAGAAGAAUCCACAGAAAAUACACCAGAAGAGUCAAAACUGCUAGACUCACCCAUCAGAGCGGAGGAGCAGACAGAAUCCACAGAAAAUACACCAGAAGAGUCAAAGCUGCUAACAAGUCAAGACUCACCCAUCAGAGAGGAGGAGCAGACAGAGAAAAUUAAAUCAGUGAAUGAGGGAGAAUCUUUAACUCUCAGCACUGGAGAUGCUUUCACACAGAGUCCUGAUAUGAUCAAGUGGAUGUUUGAAAACAUUUGUAUUGCUGAAUUCACUGGAAAUACACCUGCUGAUGCUGAAGAUGUUGUUAAAGAUGAAAGAUUCACAGACAGACUGGAGCUCGACUAUAAGACUGCAUCUCUCACCAUCAGAGACACGAGAUUCCCAGACUCUGGACGCUACACACUGAAGAUCAAAACAGAGGGUUCAAAAAGGGAAUUCUGUAUCAAUGUCAAAGUGCUUUCUAAAGAAAACAAAGUGAAUCAUUCAGAGGCGGCACACACAUCUUUAAAUGAAUCACAUCCUUUGUUGCAUGGUGCUGCGGAUAAUAUGGAGGAGAUGAGUCUACAAGAACAUCCUGUAUAUAAACACCACUGAUCUUUUUUUGUUGAAUGAGAAUAAUAUAGAAAUUAUCCAUUGUUUCAAAAAAACAAUUUGUGUUUUAAAUUCAUUUUAUACUGAAUCUGAUGUGAAGAUGCUGUGAUGAUAUACUCAUAAUUACAGUUUAGUCUCACACAAACAGACUUUGAAUACAAAGUUUAGUACACAUUACAGCUUUAUCCAAGAACCGCCCAUUAACUGACUUGCAUUAAAGUGACAGACCUUCAUUGGUGCUUGUACAGAAAAUGCCAUGUGCCAUGUGAUGCGUGUAGACCUUGUUAUCAUAAAUACUGUUAACUCUUAUAACAAAAAGGAAUCAUUUUGCAUGAAUAAGAUUGUUCGGAGGGACCACAGCUCUUCGUAAAAAAAACUGAAAAAAACAUUGAUAAUGUAUAUGAUAGUGACACACUGAAUAGAAAUGAACUGGCUUCAUUAAUUUUUUCAUCUUAUGUUAUUUACAGCUGUUCCGUCUUCUUACUGUCUGAUCUUUUCUGCCCUCUACUGGACAAACAAUAUUCCAGGUUUUCAUUUUAUUUUUCAUUUAUUUUAUUUUUAUAAUCCAGAGCUGUUGUAACAAUAAGAGGUGUAGUUUUGCAUCAAAGUUUAUUUUUAACUCAUUUAACCAAAUAUUGUGUAUUUUGAGAUUAAAAAAAAAAGUUAAAAGUUG